CCAUUGACUUUACUCAGCCUUACCUGAAUUCUACAUAGUAAUCAGAAAGGCGUCAAGGAACAGUCGCCGAUGUUGUUGCUGCAAGAUUAGUCUAAAACACAUGAAUUAAAAAUGGAAAAUAAGAGUGAGGAAACUGUAACACUGGUUCUCAAAGGAAAACGAUUCGAAGUUGAAAAGCAAAAACUGACCGACAAGAGCCAGUAUUUUGCUGCACUUCUAUCUGCGAACUAUCGAGAUCAUCUUCAGACGGAACACAUUAUUAACUUUGAUAUUUCUUUAAUAUCACUGCAGGAUUUCAUUGAUUGGAUACAUGGUGAUACAUUAACAAGUUACGAUACUAAAAAAUUUGAUCGUGUUGUGAACCUGUUGAACUUAAGCGUUCUAUUUGCAGUAGAUAACUUAAUAGAAAUUAUAACUAACAAGCUUGACAAACAUUACAUGUCACCAAGAUAUGUAAUUAAAAUUUGGUUACUAGCACAAGAAUUGAAUAUUAAUAUGCUACGAGAUCUUUCCUUCUCGAUUUGCUUAGAUCGUUUUGAUGAACUGUCACUUAAUUCAAUUUAUGAACUGUCGAGAGAAAAUUUUUUGAAGUUAAUUGGGAACAUUAAUGUAAGAUCCACAGAGUUUUAUUUACAUCAUAUUGCACAAGAAUGGAUGAACCAUCAUAAUGAUUUUACAAUUCCAUUAGAUAUCUUAAAGAAUAAGAAAGAAAAAAUUUUAUAUAGUAUUAUAUCUUCUGAAAACGAUAAUAAUAUUAACAGUAAGCAGUUUAUUCUUUGCUGGGAUGAUAAAGAUUUAUUUGAACUUACCUCAUUCAAAUAUCCCGAAGAUAUCACUAUACAUAGUGUUGGUAAAAAUAUUUUAACAGGAAUGCAGAUUGCUGCCAGAAGACACGAUUUAUACAUUUGUGGUGGAGAAUAUGGUAUUGGUUCAGGCAAAUUUAAUACAAAUGUGUGGCGUUAUUCUCUCAUAUCUAAGAAAUGGCAUCUCGAAACAAAUAUGCCAGUUAGCAGAAGGAAUAUGAUUACUGUGUUAUUUAAAAACAAAUUAGUGCUCAUGGGUGGUGUGGGACGGUAUCGACAAAAACUGAGAACUGUUGAUAUCUACAAUAUAUAUACUGGUCGAUGGUCAGUGAGAUGUACGGAUAUACCUUUGGAAUUUGUCAGUGUUCCUGAAUAUUUUGUUUUUGAAGACGUAAUAAUAUAUCGGCAUAAAAAUGUUCUUCAUAUUUAUUUUCCCGACACGAAUCGUUGGGAAAGAAUAGAUCUUGAGUAUACAUCUCGAUCAUUAAACAAUCUGUUGUUUAGGACUAUUCCAUGUUACAUUGAUAUUGAUGAUUCUGAUAAUGGACAUAAUUUGAUUUUAAGAAUUGUCACGGAGAUAUACAACAAAGAAAACUGUCCUGUUGUACCACAUAAUCCACAUUGUCAUACGUUCUCCAUUUGUUAUAAAAUUAAUUGCAAUUGCUAUAACAUACAUGCAAUAUGCGAAACGUUAUUUACCAUCUUUUACACCUCUUUUAAAUCAAACUCUGUACAUCCCCUGACAGUACACCCAUUACGUAAAGAUAUAGCAUUAAUAUGUCCAAGUUUUAAAACUAAACCUGAAAUGUUACAUAUUCAGUCUCUAAUCUUUCCCUUGCGAAAUCAAAAGAAGCUUCAUUCCUUCAUCAAAUAUUAUUUUAAUCCUUCGUAUUGCUUUGUUAAUCCUCCUUGUCUCAAGUUAAUUCAUCCAGCUCAUCUGCAUACAACAAAUUUGGAUCAUAUUUGAUUUAUAUAAAUAUUAUUAAUUAUUUCGUUAUUUAACACAUUUAUGAAAAAAGGGGGAAAAAAGAAGAGAAAGAUUGUGUGUGUGUGUGUGUGUGUGUGUGUGUGUGUGUGUGUGUGUGUGUGUGUGUGUGUGUGUGUGUGUGUGUGUGUGUGUGUGUGUGUGUGUGUGUGUGUGUGUGUGUGUUUAUUGCUAGCAAUGUAACACCACGAUAACAUUAAUUUUGCGUUAUUAGCAAUGUAAUAGUAUUGUGUAAUUAUACAUAACUCUAGAAAUUAUGACGACACAGUACAAAUUUUAAUUUUGAUAAUAAUUUGAAAAUUUCCGGCAUGUUACAAUUCAAAAUUAUCAUGUGAUGAAGGCAUGAAUUUAUCAGUAAAUGCAGACUUGAUUACUACAAUGUUAAGCAAUAUAUGAUUACGAAAAACAUGCCAGCAACAAGACAAACACAUUGCUAUCUGGAUUAUUACAAAUCUCAAUAUACUUAAUAGUUGUAUAAGCUUUAUAUCGCUAUAUGUAAAUAUUUGUUGUAUGUAUGUAUAUAAUUUUUAUAUAAAACAUUUUUUUAAAUAUUA